AUGACCCGCCGGCGCAAUCGCCACAUCGCUGGCAAGGCCGAGUUCAAUUUCGCCAUAGUGGUGCUGCUGCUGACGAACACCACGCUGCUGGGGUUCGAGGUGGAUGACGCCAGGUCCCUGGUGAUAGGCGACAAGUUCGCCUUUGUGAUGCUGGAGCUGUUCUUUGCAACGACAUUUAUCGUCGAGUGGCUCAUUCGGGUUGACCAGCAGCGGUGGGAGUUCUUCAACCACAACUGGAACAUCUUCGACUUCAGCCUGGUGCUGAUGGGCUUCAACGACGCCAUGAUGACGGCCUUCCGCCCGCUCGCCGGCACUCAGCUGGCCAAAGCCUUCCGCGUCUUCCGGGGCCUACGGGUGGCGAGGAACGUGCGUGGCGUGGCGUGGCUCUCGGGCCUGUGGUUCAUCAUCGGUGGCCUGCUGGACUCCUUCAACACCGUGAGCUUGGUGGCCGCCAUUGCGGGUAUCUUGAUUUAUGCCAUUGCCGUCGCAGUGACUGCGGUGGUGCCAACAGAUCCGGUGCUCCUGUCUUUGUGGCCUCCGGCGAAUCUGUACAUGGGCACCGUGACCCGUUCCAUGGUCACCGUGUUGCAGGUUGCAACCUUGGAUAGCUGGGCAGACAUUGUACGCCCACUGUUAGUCUUGUCUCCGAUCGCAGUGUUCACUCUGCUUUCCGGUGUCUUCGUGCUGACCUUCGGCACCUUUAACAUCCUGGUGGCGGUGAUGGUGGAACGCAUCGCCGUGAUGGCCUCCGACAGCAAGGAGGCGAAUGCCCGGGUACUGGCGAGCACGGAGAAGGCGCUCUUGCAGCAGAUCCUGGAAGAGUUCAAUCGCCAAGACCAGGAGCAGACAGGGCAUCUUUGCUUGAAGGAGUUCAAGAAGAUGAUUAGGCAGCCCAACGUCAUCGGCAAGCUCUCGCUGCUGGGCCUCCGCGUCUCCGAGGCCGAGGAGCUCUUCGCCCUCCUGGACGCCGAUGCCUCCGGGGAGGUCAGCGGGCAGGAGCUGAUUCAAGGCAUCCAGCAGUUGAAGGGCCCUGCCAAAGGCCAGGAUGUCGUCUAUCUAAUCAGCAUCGCACAAAAGGAGAAUUGGAGAGCUGGGUGUUUCGUGCUGCGCCUACAGCGCCUCAAUGCUCGGGUGGAUUCCAUCCAGGUGCGGCUGAACCAGAUUGGCCUGCGGCUCUCCAAAGAGGCCAACUAUCUCAGGAACGGCGAAAAGCGAUACGAGAAGCUGACGACGCAGGCGGCCAACCGUGAGCUCGUGAUCAAAGAGAUGGACCAGCACCGGUUCGUGCACUAUCCGGAGCUUGCGCCGCAGGUUGUACAGGCGAAGCAAAGCGCGGCCGUUCAGGAUGAAGAUGACAACCUUCUGGAGUGA